UACACACACACAGACACACCACACAUAUAAACUUCAGCCCUUCAACUUGAUGAAGUUUCCCUCUAAACUUUACAUUCCGUACGGAUCAGCAGCCCGUUCAGCAGCAUGCCUCCGUCCAACAAGUGGUGGAUUUUGUGCGCCGUGUCGCUCUACUGUCUCACCCGUUUUGGGUCUUGCAGAAGAGAUAGAGAACACGGAGCACCACCUGAGCUCUUCAUCUUCAACGAGCUGUGCGCCCUGAAGGAUGAUUCGGGGCCGUGCAAGGCCAUAAAGGACCGAUUCUUCUUCAGCGUCGACACGGGACGCUGCCAGCUCUUUGAAUACGGCGGCUGCGGGGGGAACGCCAACAACUUCGAGACCUUGGAGUCGUGUGAGGAAAUGUGCGUCGUCUCCGAUGACAAGAACCCGUGCCACCUCGCCGAGGCUCCAGGUCCCUGUCGAGGGCUCGUGAGGCGCUACUUCUUUGACAGCCAGAGUCAGCAGUGCAGGCCUUUCUUUUAUGGAGGCUGCUUUGGCAACGCCAACAACUUCAGGAGCAUGGCCGACUGCCAGGCCAAGUGUCUGAACCCGGUGAAACCUACGACGGAGCCGGAGGUCCACACGCAGCCCGCUAGGAAAGCCGGCGUCGAGCAGCCAACCGUAGCAACUGGACAACUGACUGUAAGUGAACCUCUUGUGCAACAGAACAACAGCAAUCAAGAGACCAGAGAGGAACUCAGCCCUCCGGAGCUGUGCUUCAACCGUGUGGACCGGGGGACGUGUCACGGCGCCGAGAAGAGGUUCGCGUACAACCCGGAAAUCAAGAGAUGCCAGAUGUUCGUCUACAGCGGCUGCGGAGGAAACGGGAACAACUUUACAUCCCGGAAACACUGCAUCCACAAGUGCAUUAAAAGCAAAAGGGGUCACGGGAGGAAGAUGAUCCGAAUAAGGAAGAAAAACAUAGACAGCCUUGUUAACCGCUCGUUCUGAGCGCUCGGCUCCGCUGUGCUGUGCAGUCAUCUGUAUUUAUGACUUUGCUUUACUCAUAUCUUUUGUUUUCUAGAUUAUAUUACAGGACGAGUCUGCCACUAGCCAUGUCACUGUUUCCCCAUGAGUUGAAUGUUAAAUUCAGACAAGAAUUUGUUAAAAAUGAUAAUCAAAAUAACUAAGACCACGUUGCAAUGGGAUCAAACCAACCGUCACGUCCAACGUUUGACACACUGGACUCAGUCGUAAAUAUUACAUGAGCGCUCCGUACUCAUGGGUCAGAACACAACCAUCACUGAGCUCUGCCUUUAUUUCCAUCUCAUCCACACACCCCUAUCUGUAUCUAGCAAGUUGUGACGCCACCGUGUCGACAAAAUCUGUCCACAAACAGACACGUAAAGACCUGACAAGUCACUCGGUGGUGGUUCCUGCCACAGUCGGUGUCUCCAGGACUGCAUUUUGUCUUGAUGACACCCAUCGACAGAAGGUGAAAACAGAGCCUGUUACUACCUUGGCUUGUGCAUCAUGCUGAGGCGGAGCUGCAUUGUACACCACCUGCCAUUUCACAAGCAGUUUGAGGAGUAAAUGUCUCUCUCCUCUGUGAUCUUGUUGUCAAUCAGAGCAUAAGUCACUCUCUGUGCGUCACUCCCACUUUAUUGUGCUACAAAAUAGUUACAAACAUGACAAACAGCUCACCUGUCUUUGGAUUUGUGCUGCUCAGACUACAAGACAUGAACAACAUUAAACACUGUUAACAGUCUGCACCUAGCUGACCUUAAUAAUAAUGUUAUUUGUGUUAGCUUAGCAACAGUCUGAGCAGCACAGAGACAGACAGGUGAUGCUCAAGGAGAAGUGAAACAACUCUGCCUUUGGGGAAAAUUCUGAUCCUAAUGAGUGGGACUCCAAGUUUUUUUUUUUAAAAUUGAGUGUCAAUAAAAAAAAAUCAAAAUAAGUCAUUUCUGGACACAGUGAGACGAAAACAUUACAAUAUUUGAUUAUAGAGAAAAACAAAAGCCCCAACAAAUCCAAUGAUACUGUUUAAACAACCUCUUUGGCAACAGUUGGAAGAAAAACUACUCUUGCCUCCAGCAGUUGUGGUGAGAAUAAAGGGGGAGAGGAAAAGAAAAAUAAGCUCAUGAGAAAAUAAUAAACUCUGAAGACAUGGGUGAGGUCAGCCCAAGCGUAAAUCAGAAACAUGCAGCUCUAGAGCCUCACAGAGAGGACGAAACACAAACUACAGGAGACUAGACACAAACAAUAAUGGUGGCGUAUAGAUGCACGGAGGGUGAAGAAGAGGAGGAGAGCUGCUCAGUGCAUCCUGGGAAGUCCCGUCUAAGCCUAUAGCAGCAUAACUGAAGGAUGGUUUAGGGUAACCUGAGCCACUUUACCAAAAAAAAGUCUAAUCCCAAAAGUAGAGAGAAUGUCCGCCUGUCGAACACAAACCAGGAGCUGAUGGAUGAAAGCUUCGCCUCCUAUUCUGCUUUUGGAAACACAAGGAAGCACAAAUAAGCCUGAGAGCAUCGAGCUGUGUCGGGAUGAUGUGCUGCUAUGAGGAUAAGACAAAGCGUGGUCAUUAGGAGCCCGAAUGUGAGGCCAGGAUUUGAAUUAUGCAACUCUAUUCUGGAUUUUAUAGGGAGCCAAAGCAUCCUUUUACAGGUAGUCCUGAAUUCAAAAGAUCCCAGUUCUGCCGAUGCUUUCAAUGUGGAAAAGUGCCAAGAGUAGUUGUUGAUCCAAUACAUUUUGCAUGAUUGUUAUAGCUGAAUAAAAUGAAAAGGCCUUGAGUAUAGAUGUGAUAUAUAAAGCAUGCAUAAUCAAUAGAAGAUGAAUUGCUUGUGAAGCUGCAGGUGAGAAACAAUGGAACAUUUCCUGCGUUAUAAUACAACCAAACAGCAUCUGAUGAGCUCAGAACUGCAGAUUAAACAGACAAAUUGUGAUUAAAAACUCAUGGGUUGUGGCACUCUUGGCUUGAAAUAACAGCACUUGUAUAAAAAAAUAAAUCAUUGUUAUUCUACCUGAGUUAACUUUCCAGUGACUAAAAUCGUCAUCUCUACUGUUUCCAUAUCUCCCUGACAAAAAACACGUUCGUUUUGCUGACGUCUAACGAAGCGGAUCUCUGCACAGACGCUUUGCAUCCUGGUUAUUUUGCACACGAGUAUUUAACGUCUUUGUAAUUUUACCCUUUCAAGGCUCUGUUACAAUCAUCCUUCCUUCAAUGUUCCUCAGUGAAAACACCAAAGCUGCAGAAACACUUUCUGUUCUGCUUGUGCUGCAUAUUUACUGGAACUGAUGCUUUUCUACAGCGGUUUUUUUUUUUUUUUGGUUUAUCUUCACUGUUGUAAAUCGAUGUGCACAACAGCAUUAGCAGAUUAAUAUCAAUGACUACAAUGUGUAGAGCGUUCUCAAGCAAACCUUUUAAUCAGGAGAACCGUAACCUAACGGCUGUAAAUCAAUGUGAAGAGGGUAAAGACUGUUUAUUACUCUCAGACUUUUCUUUUCAAUCAAUAUUUUGAAGUUUCAUAAAUCACUCAUGCGGUCCUGUUGUUGUUGUUGGUACGGACAAACACAAGGGGGCAGCGUUGUAUAAAGAAAGAAGGUUCUGAGCAGCUAGCCCUCUCGGCUGCACAUUACUCGCUUUACUGUCUUGUUUUAUAACCGCUGCUGCAAUGGACUGGACUGUACCGAGUUUAUAUAAUAAAAUUUUACAAUCUUC